UAUAGGAGGCGAAGCAGCUGGGAUUCCCGCUUAUGUAAACGAUGGAAGAUGACGACCUGCGACCAAGCAUUUCGGGAGGUGCUGCAGCAUGGAUGCAUUCCCCGUCAUGUCGCAUUCAUUUCAUUCAUCUCUUUCAUCAUUCAUUGUUGUGAUACUGGCUCUGACCAUGAUCCAUGAAACAUGCUUGCAGCACAGCCACAGCAGAACCGGUUUUCUCGAAGGAUUCAUUCCUGCACUUUGUUCGAUUAACCAGUGGAAUCCGCGCGGUUUCAUCCCGCCAAGCCUGCCCCGACUUCUCACCGACGUCACUUGGGCCUUGGCCUAUGAUGCGGCUUUCACGCGGCCUGACGCCAAACGCGCCUUCCUUGCUUUUGACGAUCAAUCGAGAUUAAUCCAUGUACAGUAUGCAUGAACACCGCAGUAGAUCCCAAUAAUAUAUAAAACCACCGCAAUCCGCAUCGCUCGAAUUAAACUUUUCCCCAUCAACUCUCCGACAGAACCGUACGCAGAUACAUACCACUCCCACGAACGACGAGCAUCUACCCGCAUACGCAAA